ACCUUCCUGCUUGUGCAAAGAACCAAACUCUAUCUUCGUUAGAGUUCCAUCAAAGGAACUAACGAGGCUAGAGGUUGGUUCUUCUAGCAAGGUUAAGGACUCAUAUAUAUAUAGUCAAAAGAUAGAUAUUUUGUGACAUUUAUUGUCCCUUAUACCACAUCCCCAAACUUUUUUCCAGCAUUCCGUACUUCGGUUGAUGGCCUCACCGGCAGCUUCAGCGGCGGAAACAGAGUUCACUCAGGAAACUGCUCGCCAGUCUCUGAUCGCGAUCUCCCAGUCCCUUCCUGAGGCAGGUUCACUCCGAAGCACCAACGUCAAGCCACCGAGCACCCCUGUGGCAAACGGGUAUCAGGAUGCUGGGGCGGCGAACUGCAGAUCAAAGCUGAUGUCAAUCUCUGACCUUUCCUCUCCUGAUGCUCUACCCACGCCGUGCCCUCCCAAGAAUAUUGCAACCAACUGUAUGAUGGCUGACGCCUAACUCUGCGUAUGUGGACAUGUGUUGGGCGUGGUGUAUCAGUGUUUCUAUUUUCUUGCUGUGACGUCCUUUAGCCUUUUGUUGGCUUGGUUUGGGGUGGAAAGGAAGUGUUUGGGCACGUGUGUUUAAACUGAAACUUUAUGGAAAGAAAACAGACAGUUGUACAGUUGGCUCUGUUAUGCUAAGUAAGGAAUUAGUUGCUGGAAACAA